CGAUGACAGCCCGCGAUUAAAUUUAACUACAAUGUUGUGCUAAGUCAGUAAUGAUUUAAUUAGAAAUAAUGUUGUUUUCCUCAGUAAUGGGUUUUGAAAAAAUGCAUUUCGGGCGGCUAUAAAGGGUCUGAUCCCACAAUUACUCGGGUGCAAUAAUGUUGGGAACUCUAUCACUACUGGUUAUCUUCGGCGUGACUCGGUCCUGGGCGGUGGACUACGAAAUGCUCAUCGAGGACCCGGACAUAUACUCACGCUGCACCGAAGGACCGCCCGACUCUAUUACCGUCCAGGAGGCGUUCGAUUUGGACGAUCUCACAAUCGCCAUGGAGAGUGAUAUACUGCACGUCUCCGGGAAUGUUACUGCCAAAUGGGAAGUGCACCCCACCGAUCGUAUUGUGGCAAGGGUGGACAUAUUGCACUUCAACCGCGGCACCUGGGAUCCCACUGUCUUCUCUAUGGUCACACAGGACUUCUGCUCGGUGAUGUACGAUAGAAAUCAGUAUUGGUUUAAGUACUGGACCACCUAUGUAACCAAUCGCCACGAAGUCGUACACCAGUGCCUCUCGACUGGAACCAUCUUGGUACAUGAACCGUUUGAUGUGAGAUUGAAAAUGAUGAACUACCGGGGUCCAGAGCUUCGAGGACGCUAUAAGAUGAUGAUAACCCUAAAGGCAUUUGACAAAAACUUACCGCGACCGUCUUCAAUUUGCACAGAAAUUAGAGGAGAAUUUUUGAAAGCUUAGUAAUGGAAACAGGACUCUUUCGAGUUAGUUUUCUUUACAAAACUUUUUUUUAGUUGAUUCCAUAAUUGGUUAUAAACACAUACAUAUAGAAAUCAAGGUAAACGAACCUUGAAAUAAAUUUAUUUGUUACUGUUUUACCGACAGGAAGUGGUAUUUGUUAUCAAGAUUAAACAAGUUGUUUUCACAUUGAAAACAUGUAUGUUUUUACGAUCAAAUCACUCACUAACAAGCAUAGCUCUUUCGAAACCUAAAAUGAUAGUUUCAGAUUUAAUAAACAAAAUAGAUGGGAUUGAUGGGCUAAGUA